AUGCCGGUGCAACCCCCAGGUCUGUUCACAUGGUGCCCUGUGAAAAGCCCUGGUACCCCAGCGGCACAUGGGAUCGCAUUCACAUGGGCCCACCAGUGCAGAUCCCCUCUUACCUUGUCUCCCGGCAACCGUUGCAUUGGAGAGGACAGGGGACACGUCCCUGUGGCCAUGGCAACUCCUCCAGAGUCAGAGACCAGGACACAUGUCCCCUGGCAUCUCCAGAGUGACAGCGACUGGGAAACAAGAACGUUGCAGGAAGAUCUUCUGCUCAGUGAUAGCGAAGAUGGUGAAGAUGACCAAGUUUCUGAUAAGCCGUCUUCCUCAUCCACUCCUCCAAGUGCCUCACAAUCGCAGCCCGAGAGUGUGGCAUUGGCACAUUCCAGCAGCCCAGAGUCUGAGAGCACGAGUGACUCAGACAGUUCCUCGGACUCCGAGAGCAGCUCCAGCGACGGCGAAGCCAAUGAUCCCCCCACGAGAGCCUCCACGCCUGAGCCCAGUCCACCGACAUCCAGCCGAUGGCAGCUCAACAACUGGAUAAUAAAGGUGCCUCACCCGGCGUCCCCUGCUGAGAAUUUCCUCGAGGAUGACGGCAGUAGGUGCAGCCUCCGGGAGAAUAAAGAGCCACGCAAGUCGUCCAGCAGCAGCAGUAGCAGCAGCGACAGCAGCAAAGGCGAAUGUCCUCAGCUGACGGAGAGUCACUCCAAAACCCCUGGCAAAGCUCCGCGGUCUGCCCCUGAGGUGCACCUCCCCACCAAGCGGACCUACCAGAAGUCUCCCGUGCACUCGGGCAGGCAGACAGUGGCCAGCAAGCAGCCCAAGAAGUCUAGCAAAGUCUUGGUACUGGAGGAGCAGAAGGGAGGCUUGAAAGUGGAAAGUGAGCCGCUCGGUCCGUACGGGGCUAAAGACCAGUCUUCCAAAGACAAGCCCAAAGUAAAAACGAAAGAGCGGCCCAAGCCAGGUGGCCGGAAGGAGCCGAAACCGGCAGCGCCAGAGCCUUUGGAGAAGAAAAAGCACAAGACCUCACAUUACGGCAACGCUAAACCGUUUUUGGACCGUGACGCCGUAAAAGACAAUGGGGUCGGCAGCACUCUGGAACAGUCGCCCCCCAGUCCCGUAGUUCAAAACCCCCAGGUUGCGGCCUUCAGCAGAACUACUGGCGCAAAGCCGGCCGCUGUGGCAAGAGAGGGCCACCAUAGGGAUAAGGUUCUCUUGCCAGUCAGGGAUAAGAAGUUGUUGACUCCCUUGCGGGAUUGUCCGGUACCUCGAGCUCUGGUGGUUAAAAUUGACCUUGGCCUCCUCUCACGGAUUCCGCAGCCUGGCCGGAAGGGGAGCUGCCUGAAACAACUGGAGAUCAAAGAGAGCCGCAGUAUGAAGAAGCCAGAGGCUGACAGGAGGAGUGCAGAGAUACCAAGCAAGUUCUCCCAAAAGAGGAAGCAAGGAGAUGCACCUAGAGACGAUCAGAAGAAGAUCAAGCUGGAGAAAGAAACCAAGGUGUCCUCGUCCUCAAGUCAAAAAGACUCUGGUAAAAAUAAGGCUUCAAAGAUGCCAGUAGAGACGCAGAGGAAAGAGUUGCCACUGCCACGGCGGUCUCCCACGCCGCUUGCCCAGAAGCCAGCCAAGACGGCCCAGAAAAGGCCAAAGAGCGAAAGCGGUGCCUCCCGCCAGCCUCCCGGAUUCAGUCACAGCGCUGCCAAGAGCAAGGAAAGUAGCCACAAGGAUUCCAAGCACAGGAAAAUGGAAGGGAAGCCUUCUGAAACCUCAAAGAGCAGCAAAACUUACUCGUCUAUCAAGUUCUACCUUCUCAUCUACUUCGGCCAGACGAGGGAUCCUUCAUUUGUUCUCUUCCCGGAUUUCCAAAAUCAACUUGUCCUCUAA